CAAGCUCUCCGACAAUGGACUAGUCCGUCGUUAGGCCUUUGCGGUAGGGAGUUGUUUGGCGGACCCCGCAAGUUUUACUUUACUUUAUAUAUUAUUUUUGUUUGUCUAAAGGGGAGCAUAUUCCACGUUUUUAUCAUUAAUUGCUUCGUUGUUUACGCAGUGUGUCGACGGACUAUACAAACAAAGUAUUUUGGGCGUGGUACACAACUAGUGAGCUAAAGAAGGAAGGAAGGCAUCGGUGAGUCGGCUGAGCUUAUGAUGCCGACGUUGCGGGACAGCACCAUGUCCCACCCCGGCGAGAAUUCCCACCAAGUCCGGGUGAAAGCUUAUUAUAAGGGGGACAUCAUGAUUACUCACUUUGAGCCGUCCAUCUCAUACGAGGGAUUGUACGGGGAGGUGAGGGACAUGUGCUCCAUGGACAAUGACCAACUCUUCACCAUGAAGUGGAUCGAUGAGGAGGGUGACCCAUGCACAGUGUCUUCUCAGCUGGAGUUGGAUGAAGCUCUGCGUCUAUACGAGCUCAACAAAGACUCGGAGCUCAUUAUCCACGUAUUCCCAUGUGUACCAGAGAAACCUGGCCUGCCCUGUCCAGGAGAAGACAAGUCUAUAUAUCGGCGUGGUGCCCGGCGCUGGAGGAAGCUUUACUAUGCCAGUGGUCACACCUUUCAGGCCAAGCGCUUUAACAGGCGAGCCCACUGUGCUAUCUGUGCAGACCGUAUCUGGGGUCUGGGAAGACAAGGCUACAAAUGCAUCAACUGCAAACUGCUGGUGCACAAGAAGUGCCAUAAACUGGUCACAGUGGAGUGUGGCAGACCGAUCAUCCAGGAACCAAUGAUGUCUGGACAACCAUCAAGUCCAUUAGACCCAACUGAGCAGCCAGGCCCCCAGAAUAAAGACUCCAGAGAAAGCUUGCCUUACGAUGGAGAAGAGAAAGAGGCGCGGAGCAGCAGGGACACGGGGAAAUCGCCUUCCAGCCUGGGCCUGGCAGACUUCGAUCUGCUGAGGGUGAUCGGUCGAGGCAGCUACGCCAAGGUGCUGUUGGUGCAGCUGAAGAAAACAGAGCGCAUCUACGCUAUGAAGGUGGUGAAGAAGGAGCUGGUCAACGACGAUGAGGACAUCGAUUGGGUCCAAACAGAAAAGCAUGUAUUUGAGCAGGCCUCUAAUCAUCCCUUCCUUGUCGGCCUCCACUCCUGUUUUCAGACAGAAAGCAGACUGUUCUUCGUUAUUGAAUAUGUGAAUGGUGGAGAUCUCAUGUUCCACAUGCAGAGACAAAGGAAACUCCCAGAAGAACACGCAAGAUUCUAUUCAGCCGAGAUCAGUCUGGCACUCAACUACCUCCACGAGCGGGGAAUCAUCUACAGAGAUCUGAAACUGGACAACGUGCUGCUCGACUCCGAGGGACACAUCAAACUUACAGACUACGGCAUGUGCAAGGAGGGCUUGAGACCAGGCGAUACGACGAGCACAUUCUGCGGUACCCCCAAUUACAUCGCUCCAGAAAUCCUCAGAGGAGAGGAUUACGGGUUCAGUGUGGACUGGUGGGCGCUGGGUGUGCUGAUGUUCGAGAUGAUGGCGGGCCGGUCGCCCUUCGACAUUGUCGGCAGCUCUGACAACCCUGACCAGAACACAGAAGACUACCUCUUCCAAGUAAUAUUGGACAAACAGAUCAGAAUCCCCCGGUCACUGUCAGUCAAAGCCGCCAGCGUCCUCAAGGGAUUCCUCAACAAGGAUCCCAAGGAACGUCUAGGCUGCCACCCUCAGACAGGCUUUGCUGACAUCAUGGGCCAUCCAUUCUUUCGAAACGUCGACUGGGACCUUCUGGAGCAGAAGCAGGUGGUCCCUCCGUUCAAGCCCAACAUCUCAGGGGAAUUCGGACUGGACAACUUUGAUGCCCAGUUCACCAAUGAGCCCAUUCAGCUGACUCCUGACGAUGACGAUGUGGUCAAGAAGAUCGACCAGUCUGAGUUUGAAGGGUUUGAGUACAUCAACCCACUUCUGAUGUCGGCGGAGGAGUGUGUGUGAGGAACGCGACGUCUGUGCUCACACGCACCGCCUACACACACACACACACACACACACACACUCAUACACUCAUGCACGUGUUAAGUGGCGUCUCAGUGUCCUCAAGUUGCAUGGUUACGAGACAACCUGAAGAUAUCAACCUGUUCGAGGGACGCACAUGCACAGUAGAACGCUUAUUUGCCAAAACCAAUCUCACACUCAGCCAUUUAUAACCACUUGCCCUUAAGCCUACCUUCUUUCUUAAUUAUUUUUAUACCAUGUAAAUCUGCACUGAUAUCAGUUUUCUCAUCGGGGCCUCUUUAUUUGUAGCCAGUGAGGCUGCAAAGUUCUUCCAAGGUUGCUGUACACGGGUGACACCCUGACACAUGAACUGAACAUCCUCUCCUUCCAGCUGGUGGGGUGCUUUCAAUGCAUAUUUUAUUUGUACAUAUAUAUGAAUCACUAUUGAGAUAAAUGUUAGACAAGGCCUUUUUAGCUCCAAGCCACAGUCGGACAAAGUUUAUCAUCAUAGAAAAGUCAUUUUGAAUUUGACUUUGUGGCAACACCCCUUCUUGUAGAGGAAAGAAGAAUAACAACACUAGUCUUUAAAAAAAAAAAAACAAACACACAAAAAAAAGAUUAAAAUCUAUAUAUUUUUCUCUUUUUUUUUUUUAUUUAACAGCAUAGCAGUCCUUAUAUAUAUGUUGUUCUGAGUAUUAAAUGUCCAGCCUGACUAACAACCGAAAUGGUUCAGGCUUUGUUGUUAAGAUGAAUACACAACAUCUGGAAAACAGAAGGUGUGUGCUCCAAGUCCCUUUUUUCCCCAGAAUGAAGGAACAUAUACAACAACAUCCAUCCAACACUAAUAAUGAGUUACUACUCUCAAACUGUGAAUGAAAGAGCUCGCUGUGCAGGGAAAUGGGCUGGAAGAGUAGCACAUAACACCUGAGCGCUGGAGCAUGGGUUACAUUUUGCUGUGCUGACCUUCAGUGAAACAAACAUUCACACAGGACCAAAAACAACGAGAAAAAAAAAAAAAAAAAAAACCAAAACAUUUUUAUGAAAAGUGGCUUGCUGGUACGAAUUAGAAGGUACAGUAUACAUGAGGAAGAUAUGCUGUCCCAAGUCAUAGAGUUUAUAUAUUCUAAUUUUUUUUUUCUUUUGCUAAUUUUUAAUACUAUGCCUUUUGGAAACAUAUGGUCUGUUGUCUUUUUUGUACUUUCUCCAUUCCAUGUAUGUCUUUUGGUGUAAAUCAAAACACUGAGUGAUUGUUAAAAUGAGAGUUUUGGUUAGAAGUUCAAAACUGUGACACAGUGCAGUUUUGGUCCUUAAAUGUGGCUUGAAAACUGCAAACUGUGUCUGCUGUGCCCCAUUUUUACUAUAUUGAAGCCACAGUUCAUUUUCUGAAUUCGAUAUUUUGUAAAACUGCUUUAAAGCCCGUGAAGGCUCUGUAGAGCCACUUUCUAUCCCCUGACUUUAACUGACACCGAGUGAUGGUGCAUGGAACCUCCAGGCUCUCGUCCAGCUGAAACUUCUCUCUACUUGCAAUGUGUUUUGGGCUCACGUGGUGACCCGGAGGAACAUAUUCAUCUGUUACACUUUGCUUUUGUUUUAUAUAUAUAUAUUUUUGUGAAUCAGAUUUAAUUUUGAUUUUUUUUUUAUCACUACAUUGAUUCCAAGAUGUUACUGGGUGAACCCAAUGGAAACACUAUUUGUUGUACUUGUUGUGUUUUGGGGGUGUUUACCACCAAGAGGACUCUACUGAACUUCAUUAUUAGUUUGCAAAGACAAAACACAGACGGUAAAAUAAACAUUUUAUUUCUC